ACUUUAGUCGAUUCAGCGCCAUUUUGCGGAGCACCGCUUGGGGAAGAUCGACGCGGCAUUUCUCUGCCAGCUCCACCAGGUAGAUCAGCACGUCGCUCAGUUCGUGUGCCAGCUGCUCCCUGUCGGACUCGGUCCAGUCUGGAAGCCCCUCCGCCACCUCCCCCUUCCACUGAAAGAGCUCGGCCACCUCGCCCACCUCCCCGACCAUAGCGAGGAGCAGGUUCCGGGGCUGGUGGAACUUAUUCCAGUCCCGCUCGUCCGUGAACUCGGCCUGCAUCCUCCGAAUGUCCUCCAUGCUGGGCUCCGGGCUGAAGGUGAACCUCCGCGGGCGUCCUUCCGCUCCUCUGAAGCCGGACUGGGCCUCCUGGGCUGCUCCAUCCACCGUAGCUGGUUCCGCGCAGCUCCCGUUUAAAGAAACGUCGGCUUCCAGUCCUCUGGAGUCUUUUCCGUUUGUUGCCAUCAUGUUUUGGCAGCUUGUAGUGCAAAAAUGAACUUUUAACGUCGGAAAACAACCAGCUCGUAGAUUUCUACCAUGUGAAGAAGUCCCGCCAGUUGGUAGAACGGAAGUGACGCAUUCUUCUUCUUCGUUAGAUUGGCGGAUUGCAACCAACAAACGGAAGUGACGCAUUCUGAACGGAAGUGUAGUUUUAAGCUACAGCCCCGUUCUCUUUCAUAUUAAAGAGCUUUAAUCAAACUACAACUCCCAUAAUCCCCUGACUGACUCUGGUAUCAUGGCUGCCUCCUGUAUGGCAGCUAGUGAGCUGCUUCAUAACAUCAAAUUAAUACAUUUUGUUAGACGAACAAGCUCUUCAAGGCUACAUUUUAGCAGUCAACUUCUGCAGGCCCAAAGGGAUCCACAGCAGCUGGUCGGAGUGGUCGGUUUGGAAAUACACGCCCAGAUUAGCUCAAACACCAAACUGUUCUCUGGCUCCUCGGUUCAGUUUUUAGCUCCUCCAAACUCCUUGGUUUCAUUCUUUGAUGCUUCUUUGCCUGGCACACUACCCGUUCUCAACAGGCGGUGUGUUGAAGCAGCAGUGAUGACAGGACUGGCUCUCAACUGUACCAUUAAUAGGAGAUCCCUCUUUGACAGGAAACACUACUUUUAUGCUGACCUUCCUGCAGGAUACCAGAUCACUCAGCAGCGUCGCCCAGUGGCAGUGGACGGGAUGCUUACCUACAGCGUCCUGGGAGGGAAGAAGAGAAACCAGGUGAUCAGGAAAAAUGUUCACAUUAAACAGAUUCAGCUGGAACAAGACAGCGGGAAGAGUCUGCAUGAUGACGUCCACAGUCAGACACUCAUCGACCUUAACAGAGCAGGUGUAGGCCUAAUGGAGCUGGUGAUGGAGCCGGACAUGAGCUGUGGAGAGGAAGCAGCAGCAGCUGUCAGAGAGCUUCAGCUCAUCCUGCAGGCCCUCGGUACCUGUCAAGGUAACAUGUCAGAGGGGCAGCUAAGAGUUGAUGCCAACGUGUCAGUACACAAACCAGGAGAGCCGCUGGGAAUCAGGACGGAGGUGAAGAACAUCAACAGCAUUAGAUAUCUGGCCAGGGCUAUAGACUUUGAGAUCCAGAGACAGACUGAGGUUGUGCAGAGAGGAGGGACCGUGCAAAACGAGACCCGGGCAUACGAUUCCAAAUCAGGGGAAACUGUUGCAAUGAGAGACAAAGAAGGUCUUCAGGACUACAGGUUCAUGCCAGAGCCCAACCUGCCCCCCCUGAUUGUGUUUGAGGAUAACGCAUCGCUGCCUGCGGGUAUCGACGCGUGCCAGGCGGUAGUGGUUCAGACGAUAAAGGAAGGGCUGCCAGAGUUACCCAGCAUCAAAAGAGACAGGCUGGUUCAGUUGUACGGCAUCCUGCCAGAGCACAGCUUCACUCUGGUGAAUGAGGAUGGGUUGAUGGAGUACUUUGAGGAGGUGAUGAAGUCAACCAAGAGGGAGCCCAGGAAGGUGAUUGGCUGGGUGACCAAUGAGUUAUUAGGACUCCUCAAGCAGCAAGAACUGAGCGUGAGCCAGAGCCCAGUCGUUCCCGCUGCCUUGGCUGAGCUGUUGGAGCUGCAGGAAGCAGGACACAUCUCCUCUUCUGUUUCAAAGCAGGUGUUUCAGGAGAUGUGGAGGUCACCGGGAAGGACGGCCGCACAGAUCAUCCGUGAGCAGGACUUAGGGCUAGUUAGCGACGCCGCUGAGCUCCACAGAAUCUGCCAGAAGGUUGUAGACUCGCAUCCAGAGGAGGUUUGUGCCAUCAGGAGUGGAAAUAAGAAGGUUUUGAAUAAGCUGAUGGGUCUGGUUCAGAAAGAGACCAAAGGGAGAGCUGAUCCGGUUUUGGUGAGGGAGAUCCUAGAAGAGAAGACAUCGUGACACCAUCAUCGCUUAUUCGGAGCGAAACAGAUGCUGUGUGUCUGCUUACACAUAAUCACAGCCAGAUGUUUGCAGUUUGAUGAAACUCAUGUCCUGGAGUGGCUGCUUUGUAUAUAUUUAAGUGUCAUCAAGAAUCAUUGUUAUAACAAAUAUGAUCUAUAUUAAGCCAAUAAAGGUUAUUAUUAUUACACUGUCA